AGGUCUCGGGCCCCCCAGGCGGAGCGACAGGUCUCGGGCCCCCAGGCGGAGCGACAGGUCUCGGGCCCCCAGGCGGAGCGACAGGUCUCGGGCCCCCAGGCGGAGCGACAGGUCUCGGGCCCCCAGGCGGAGCGGCGGGCGCCGGGCCCCCAGGCGGAGCGACAGGUCUCGGGCCCCCAGGCGGAGCGACGGUCUCGGGCCCCCAGGCGGAGCGACAGGCGGAGCGACAGGUCUCAGGCCCCCAGGCGGAGCGACAGGUCUCAGGCCCCCAGGCGGAGCGGCGGGCGCCGGACCCCCAGGCGGAGCGACAGGUCUCGGGCCCCCAGGCGGAGCGGCGGGCACCGAGUCACCAGGCACGACAGUGGGCUCCGAGUCAACUGGCAUGACCGCUGGCACUGGGACAGACAUUGGAUCUUCUGGCUGGACAGCGGGCAUCGGGUCACCAGGCAUCAGGUCAUUUGGCUCGAC